AAUAAUAUUAUUACAAAAUGGCUACCCAUAUCUUCAUUGAUUUCUCUUCUAGACUGCCGUUUCAAGAAGUAAGAAAUAAACCCUGCUUAGGAGAAGGAGAAAAGGGAGAGAGAGAAGGAGAAAUUAAUAGACUAGUUGAUAUUUGUAAGGAUCUUGGAGAACAAGGAGUGAAUGUGAGCCUUUAUUUUCCAGUAUUUUGCAAAGAAAUCGAGAAGUUCCAGAAAUUAUCGACCCAGAAAAGCAAGCCUAAAGGAAAUACAAAGACCAAUCAAGAAUUCAAAGUUAACAUUGUAGUCGGUAUCCAAUGAUUAUUCUUUGAACUAGGAUCUCAUUCUUUUGCUGGGCAUGAAAUCGUAGUCUACUCAAACAAUCCGAACUUCUUCAAUAAGCAAUUCGUCGACAUGUUCCAGCGGAAAUAUGGAAGCAAUCAGAAUAUUUCCAUUAAACACAAAAGGAUGGAAAAGCUAUUGGAAAACUUCGAACCAAUGAAAUCUCUCGCAGAAUCAACUGAUACAGAAGAAUCAAAGACUAACCCAAGCUUAGUAAAACAUAAUAAAGAGAGAAUUCCUCUAAGCAUUUCAAAAGAACCAAAUCAAAAUAUUGACACAGAAACCUCAGAUUCUGAAACAGUGGCUGGCCAAUCAGCUACGACAGGAUCAAGUGCAUGUUCUGAAAUAGAUAAAGAAAUGGAAGAACUUGAGAGGAAAUUCAACCAAAACAAGAACUAUAAGAAUUCACUUGCUGAUCUAUUAGAGAAAAUCCCUAAAUACUUUAAUAAAACAGAUGAAAAUAAUGUUAUCAAAUUCAUGAAUGGACUUGAGAACCUAGUAUCCCAGCAUCUCAAUAAAUUUAAAAAAUCAUCAAAAAUCGAUUUAAAUCCUUCCGAAAGAAAUAAUUAUUUCCUUUUUGUUAGAAAUUUCCUUUAUAAAAAUAAAAUCAUCGAAUGUGAGAUUCUGAAUUUAUGGGUAAACACACAUCAUGGAGACACAGAAGAGAAGAUAAAAGAUUCCUACACAGUGAAAAUAAACUCUAAAGAAAUUGAUAAAGCCUUGGCUGAACUCAAAAACACUAAAUCAAAGUCUUCGUUCAAGGGAUAUGAGCUGAUAGAUAAAAUUAGCAUCUAUGGAUCAAUAUGCUACACAACUAUUAAGAAUUUGAUAAGAAAUAAUCUUAUGAGCUCUGAUAAACCAAUUAGUUCAGUUAAAAGUCUGACUCAAAACAUCCAUCAUGCUUUGAAAUGCAUUUAUAACUCCAAGACAGUGACUAAAGAGCUGAAGUACGUUAUAAAGAAGGAUAAGAGGGUUAAAUACCUGAUUUGUGAAAUAUUAAGAAAUCAUGGAGUCUGGGAGGAAAAAACAGAUGAUUCUAUAGAAAUCAACAAGGCAAGAUGAGAAUCUUUCUCUAAUGAAUUUGAGACUACUCCUUCUAGAAAGAUGAUAAAUAAACUGAUUUGUGAAAUCCAGAGUAUUCUUUGCAACAGUUAG